ACAAGCUCCGACAAAAACAAGUUGAAAUUGCUGAACGCCGUGAAUGUGAUUUGGAAAUAGUAGCUUGGGAGGUUGGGAGCAGCAUUUGAAUGCGGCGCUGUAAGAGCGGGCGGUAGCUGGUCUGCGCUCGAUAACCCUCUGAGCUGCAGAGCUAGUGCAGAAACUACGGCCAGGUACGCUAGCCUCCAUCCUCUGUGGACACACGGCCUUUACGAGUGCUGAAUCAAAAAUAGCUACAUUUUAGCAAACCCGGCACCGACCCGCAGCCAUGGCGGCUGAGACUGACAAGGUAGAGCCUGCGGACAGCGAACAAGAUGAAGAAGAAGAUGUAUACGAAGUGGAGAGGAUCAUUGACAUGCGAGUGGAAGAGGGUGAAGUGCUCUACAGAGUCCGUUGGAAGAAUUACUGCUCUGAUGAUGACACUUGGGAACCAGAGGCCCAUUUAGAGGACUGCUGCGAGGUCCUCUUAACUUUUAAGAAGUCCAUGGCUGAUGCUAAGGCCAAGAAGGAGGCAGAAGCCAAGAAGAGCGUGAAACUGCUGCCUACAAAGAGCGAGGUGUUUGAUGCCGACUCAGAGAGUGACAGUGACAAAGACCAUCCAACUGAGACACCCACCAAGAAGAAGAAAAAGACAAAGAUCCGAGAAGAAGAAGAAGAGGAACCACUUCCAAAGGAGAAAAAGAAGAAGAAGAAGAAGAAAGACAAACGGAAGGAGGAGUUCAGGCCUCUACCGGCACCAGAGACAGAUGAAGAAGAAGAAGAAGAAGAGAGAGCCCCAAUUCCAGCCUCUCCUCCCAAGGAGAAAAAGACUGAAUCAAAAAAGCGGCUGGUUGACUCUGAAGAUGAGGACGAUGAGCCUGUUCCCUCCAAAAAACACAAGAAGGGGAAGGAGGAAGGAAAGCAUAAGAAAGAAAGGGGAGAGGAGGGGAAGAAAAAGAAAGGGAAGAAGGAACGGAAGAUUGAAACCUCUGAAGACGAGGCCGCUGCACCUCUGGAAGACGACCUGAGCGAGGGCCUGUCAGAGUCCCAAGUGGACGAUACUACAUCAACGGAUACUGCGGCAAAGUCAGCCGAAAAGGUACGUUUGGACGACAAGUCCAAACAAAAGAAGGGGAAGUGGGAAGUAAAGCUGCAGGGCAUUAAGGACCUCAUCCAUGACAAAAAGAGCAAAAAGCCAGACGCCACCCUGAAAGAAAGCAGCCUCCAAAAACUAAAGAGCCUCACCUCUAAAGGCAAGGACGAUACUGCCCCACACUCAGACUCCAGUGAUAGCUCCACCCUAAAUAAGAAAGCUAAGAGCAAAGGGCAGGAGAGCAUGUCAGCACCACCCAAAGUCCCAUCUUCCUCCACAUCCUCAUCUUCCUCCUCGUCCUCUGUCACAGCAGCUAGCAGCACCAAGGGAAAGGAGGACGAGGUGCCUAAAGAGGAGGUAUUGGGACAGAAGGAUGCCACAGGCUCCACUAACCUGUUUGAGAAGUUCCUGUUAAACUGCGAGGCCAAAGACCGCGCCCCCCGCAGGCAGCCAGUGCAUCAACCCACCCCAGAAAAGAGCAGCAGCAAACCCACAAAGCUAAUAGGAAAGAUUGAGAAGAUGUCCAAGCCAAACAAAGAGUCUCCAGCUCAGAAACCAGAGCCUGAGAAGACGGAGAGGACCAAGCAAUCAGAUGUCUCCAGACCUGGCCAGAGUUACGGCUUCAGCCUGGACAGUGAUGAGAGGGAAGGGGAGGAAUCUACAGCAAAGCAGAGGCCUGGAGAGGAUUCCCGGGAGCGGAGGGACAGGCCAGAGGAGGGCAAGCGGCCCAGCUGGGAGAAGAGAACCCCAACAGACGACAAGAGGAAAAGGAGAGAGGACAGUGAGCCCAGACUCUUCAUGGCAUGUGAUGACAAUCAGGACACCCAGGACCCACCAGAGGGUGCUGACAAAUCCGACAAGGGCCAAGCCACAUUGAGUCUAGGAAUGGACCUCAACCUGGACUGGAUGACUCUGGACGACUUCCAGAAACAUCUGAACGGGGAGGAUGAGAUCUUAUCAGGUCCACCAUUAUCACCCAGUGAGUUACGGGAUGCUGUGAAAAGUGGAGAUUACAUGGCUGUAAAAUUGGCACUUAAUUCUAAAGAGGACUACAAUCUGGACCAAGAGGCUUGUACUAUUGGUGAGACGAGGUCAAUUGAAGGAGAGGGGAGCUUGAUUGAAGAGAGAAGUUCGAGUGAUGCUCUUAGGUUGACUUCUAACCUUGACAGUGCAAGAAAUGAAGAGGGUACUCCAAGAGUAAGAGAGAAUUUCCCACAAGAUUUGGAUGGUCCAAAAGAUGGCGAAAAAAAGACAAGCUGCCUUGCCAGUACAAACACUGAGCAAGUGACAGUAAGGGAACAUGAAAAGAUCCAAAAAGGUGGGAAGGAUAUAACUGAAUCCAAAAACACUGCAUGUGAUUCAGCUACCAAGCAGGAAAGUCAAGGAAAGGAAGACCAGAAGAAAGCACAGGAAGACAAGAUGUCAGAUGACACAAAAGUUGGUUUAUUAAGUAAAAUGAGUUUGAACUUUGAUAAUUCAAAUCCAACCAAAAAUGCAGAAUGGAUGCUGACAAGGGACAAUGACCAAACAGAACAAAAGGCUGUAGCUAACGAACACAGUUCCCCAGAGCAAGCAAAUGACUCAAGUGAUGAGGCAGAGGAUGUGGUGGCAGGUCAGUCAGAUAGUACAGAUCAAGUUCUGUUUGAGUUGGGCACAAAGGAGAUUGCUAAAACGCGAUCACGGCGCCGCAGGAAAACUGUGGAGAUGAAACAACCAACACGAUCCAGUUUAAGGACCUGUAAGAAAGUGCUUGAAACAAAACCUAGCACAGCAGAGAAGAAAGAAUCAUGCAAAAAGCACUUCUGUUUAUAUUGCAAAAUGGCUUUUACCCAACUUGCAAAGCACUUGGAAAGGAAACAUGCAGAGGAAACAGAUGUUGCCCAUGCAAUACACUUUCCCAAAGGUUCCAAAGUCAGACAGACUUUGCUUGACCAAAUUCGCAAUAAAGGAGAUUAUGAACAUAAUUGCCAAGUUCUCAAAAGUGGCGAGGGGGAAAUUGUGACCAAGAAGCAGGUGAAAAAUCCCAGCAUAUCUGUUCGUGACUUCCUGCCUUGCCAGCACUGCUUUGCUUUUUAUCGCAAAACUGAUUUAUGGAGACAUGAGCGGUCAUGUAAGGCCAGAAAGGGAGAUCAGAAAUCCUCCGAAAGGACAAAAAGAAGCGUCCACAGUGCUGCAUCUCGGCUCCUUCCAAUGUCAGAGUUCUUAACUGGAGGCUGCGAGGAAAUCAUCCACAUUAUGCAUCAAGAUGACAUCUCGAGGCGUAUCAGAAAUGACCCACUUAUUUGUAAAUAUGGCAAUGCGUUGUCUGCUAAGUAUGACCAUGACAAGUCUCAGUUUGCUUAUAUUGCACAAAAGAUGAGGGAACUGGGUAGAUUUGUAGUCGCUGUAAAUGAGCUUGACAAGAAUGUGAAGUACUUGCAUGAAAUAUGUCUACCAUCCAGAUUUGAAUUAGCCGUUGAAGGGGCCAAAAAAGUUAGUGGUUUUGAUCCCAGUUCCAGUAAGUUUAAAACCGUUUCCCUUGUCUCAAAGAUCGGCUACUCUUUGAAACGAGCUGCAGAAAUAGCUUUCGGGGAAAGUCGGAUGACAGAGGACAGUGAAACUGAAAGUGAAGUGAAAAAGUUCAUACAACUUCUUGAUACAAAAUGGAAUGAGUGUUUUUCACGCAAAGCUCUCGCAUUAUCUCUAAAGCAAGAAGUCAAGAAAGUGGAAGUAGACAAAUCAACUGUGACAGAAGAUUUGAUAAAACUCCACAGGUUUAUCACAGGGGAGGAAGAUGAAGCCAGAAAGGAGCUGAAAGAAAGUCCUAGUUUGUCAACAUGGAAAAAGCUCAGCGAGGCCACUCUAGCGGAUGUGUGUCUGUUUAACAGAGGACGGGUAGGAAAUAUUGGUAGAAUGCUCUUGCAAACUUACACUCUCAAAAAGAGUAGGGGAACAUUUGUACCCUCUGCAGAUCAAAUAAGAAAAAGCACAAAGUUGGAGCUGGACCUUGGUGCCAGUUUCACCAGGUUGGAACUAGAGGGUCAGUAUGGAAGGAACAUGCUGGUUCUGCUAACAGAAAGGAUGGUUUUGUCAAUUGACUUACUCAUUGAAAAUCGAGAACAAGCGGGUGUGUCAAAAACUAACCCAUACCUGUUUGCACGGACUGAAGGUCCAUCCUUCAUCAGAGGAUUGGAUUGUUUCCGAAGGGCUGCAAUGGAAUGUGGAGUUAAAAACCCAGAAGCACUUCUGUCCUCAUCAUUAAGAGAGCAAAUUGCCGGCUGCUGGCAGCUAAUGAGUCUCAGUGAACGUGAAUUGGAUCAAGUGGCCAUGUUAGUGGGAAGGAGCAGCCAGGAAUGUUACAGGCUCUCAAAAAAUGCAUUACAGCUGGAGGAAGUGAGCAAAGAACUUCUCAAGAUGGAUCGAACACUGCCAUCAAGUCCACCCGGCACUGCAGGAGAUGGAACUGUACAGAAGCCUGCUUUAAAGAGAAGACCUUGGAGUGAGAGGGAGCAGGCUGCAGUGAAGCGUUACUUGAGUGAAUUUAUCACAGGGAUGAAGGUUCCAGGCAAAAAGGAGUGCAAUGCUUGCAUAGCUGCUGAACCAGAUCUUGGUGGAAGAUCUUGGACAGAUGUCAAAAACUAUGUACACAACACACUACAGACAAUACGGAGGAGAAAUAACCAGCAAAAGUCUGAAGGGAAUGUAAAUGAGAGUCCAAAAACUAGAGUCCAAACCACAAAGAAAGAUUUGGAAGACGCAAAUGUUGUCUGUACGAUGACAACAGUGCAUCCAGAUCACCUGAGAGAAAGUUCAAAUUGUUGUAUGACAAUGGCACCACUAACCAACUUGAGAGAAUCAACACCAUUCCCCCAAGAGAUGACAAGUUAUGCAUCCUUGUGUUCUACUACUACAGAUAUGGUCCAUACGAGUCAACCAUUGAUUUCUACUUUCACACCAUUGAAUGCUACUGAUACACAAGUGGUUCCUACAUUUACUCCACACAACACUACAAAUGCACUAAUGCCUCCUACAUACACAUCAGAGAACAACAUAAUUAUGCCAAUGUCUUCUUCUUAUUCACAGAAUACCACAAGUAUGUCUGUGUAUACACCACAGGACACUACGAAUUCACCAAUGAUUCCCAAUUUUAGCACCCUUAAUGCUCCAAGCACCUCAAUGGUUCCUACAUUCACGCCAUUGAAUACUCCAAGUGCACCAAUGAUCCCUGCAUUCUCACCACUAAAUGACAGAAGUAGGCCUAUCGUUUCUUCAUUCACUCCUCUGAACCAUUCAAGUACAGCAGUUUACCCUACAAGCCCACCACCUAGGGCCCCUACAACUGCACAGGUUGUCCCAACAAUCCAUAGGCCGAGUGUUCCUGACAGAACACCAAUUGUACAGGAAAGUAUACCCAUGUCUACUGCAGAAAGACAAGUCACUCCAGCUGUCAAGCCUCAAAAGAGAAACAAGAGGUUGUGGAGUGAGGAGGAACAGGCAGCAGUGAGGCGUCAGCUUGGAGACUUCUGUAAACUGGUGAAAGUGCCAGGCAAAAAGGAUUGUGAUGCAUGUUUAGCUGCUGAACCUGCCUUGAACAGCAGAACAUGGAGGGAAGUCAAAUAUUUUGUACAUAACUCAAUUCAGUCAAUGAAAAGAAGAGGGCAUAUAGUCGCCGCCAAACAAAGUGGAGAACAGGAACCAGAGACUCAUAAUCAAAACAUGGAGUGGGACGGUCCCGUUUAUCUGUCCCUGUGAAUAUGUGUAAUGGACUUGCUAGAAAACAGUAAGUGAUCAGUGAGAUUUUAGAGGUUUGUGAGGCUGUGGCUUUAACCUCAAAUUAUAUGAGUGAAUUGUUGUAAAAUGUACUGUCAGUGAACCUCGGUCUGAGUAGCCAUACGGAUCUUGACAACUUUGACAGACUGCCCUGCCAUUCUUCUAGUCACUUUUCAAGUUCCUGAGCUCUUUGGAAUCAGGUACAAUGGAACAAGCUAUUGGUGUACUGUUGCAUGAAUAUACACUAAAUAGGUGGAACUAAGGAUGUUUGUACUGUAGCUUUGGCUCAGAAAAAGCAGAUAUUAAUGUUUAAUAUGGUUAGAUUGCAUAUACAUAUGUAACAGUCAAAUAUGUAACACUGUCACUUUGUCAGAUCAUCACAGGUUAUCUCUAGAAAGUGUUCUAACUUAGAUGUGUGAUCAUUUAGUAAAUGUGAACCUCAUUUUGCCAGGAUUUGCAACUUGCCACCAGUCAUUGGCUGUGGCAAGUAGCCCAUGUGGCACCCAAACACACUUUCACAAUUUAAAACACUAUUUGUGAAAAUGGGGAAAGCAAUGGCUGAAUUGUUUGGGACUCUCCAGCUACCGUGACCAGGGCAUUUCCCAACCUGCACUGAGCAAAGGUAGCCUCAGUGACUGUACAUUUCAAGAGGGAUUUUUACUCCUCUUUACUUCAUAACCUACUUAGACUUCUUUCUGCCUGUACUGUUUUCAGUAGCAUUUUUAUGAAUUUUGAUGAUCAAAAAAGAAAUGGAAAGCCUACCAGCAAAUCUUUGCAGCUAGUCCCUCCAACAUGAUAGAUGUGCGUUGACUUGCUUUACAUAAUUCCCAAAUGCCUGCCCAAAGUGUACGAUAUUCUUGCUUUAGCCAGUAGCCUAUAUUGUAGAUGGCCCCUGAUAGCCUGCAGAAGUAAUGGCAUACCUUAGUUGCUGAUGUUAGAGAACUAGGAGCUCCGUGUGUAUACCUCUCACUUAAAUAUUAAAAACAUAUUUUUUUCUUGUUUGAAUCCUGUUGAUAAAUGUUCAUUAUCUUCAUGUAUAUGUCUUGUUUUUUUUUUUUUCAUGUGUAUUAAGCUCCCAAAAGGUUGUAUUUUUGUAUCACUAUACAGCAACUGUGUAGAUUAUUUUAGUAUUUUAUUGUAUUUCAUGUACUCUCAUUUGAGGUCAGAAACACUGCAUUGGUCUCAUUUGUAUUACUUCGUUUUAAGCUUUUAUUAUCUGGAUGUUUGUGACAUUAAUAUCCAGUUGCCAAGAUCACAUUGCCUUUAUUAUGUUGAUUAUUUGCUGUACUACAUUUUUUUCCUAUUCAUGUUGAUUGCAUCAAACCAGCAUAGUAAGUACGAUCCUGAUAAAUUUUGUGAGCUAUUAAUCACAGCUAACCACCUCGGCCGGUAAACCCACAAUUUAGGAUUUUAUUUGGGGUGGGUUUAUUUCUUUCUGUUUUUAGAAAUGUGAAGCGUUGUUACAAAAGUUAAUACAUGACAUCAAAAAUGAAAAUUACAUCCCUUUAUAGUUUUUAAAAUAAAGGGAUUGGCAUAGAUUGGUGAAAUCUCGAGUAUACCAGACAUUAGACAGAAUGAAAAGGUUAUUUUCUGACUCAACAGAGUCGUCACAUUUUCGUUUCAGAAACUGGUCACAGCAGUGUUUAUUUUGCACUGGAUAUUCAACAAGAAGUGUGGACCAUCUGUUGUUUGGUCGGGUCAGUCGACUCUGUAGAUGUCUUAAUUAGGACACCUGAAAAGAAUUCAACAACAUGCAGUCUAAAGUAAUUUUCACCAUUUUCUUUGUGAUCAAAAGGAGCGGAAGUUAUUGUUAAGAGUUCCAGAUAUCACUACAGCUAUUUGUCACGGACAAAGAUUUUAUUAUCCUCAGUAGCACCUGUAAUGAACUUGUGUAGAGAAACCAGUGUCCACCCUUUUUGUACCAAAUCCAUUGCUGUCAGACAUACAUAAAACCCUAACUCUGAGCACGGUUGCAGACCUGGGUCAGAUAACUCAUAUUAACUCAAUCACACUAAUGGCCAACAGGUUUUUUGCACGUCGUUGCUUCCUUGUGAAAGGGGUAUAUCUGCGUUGCAGUAUACAGUAGUAAGUGUUACACCCCAGAUACAGUUGUGUUUGGAAAAUAAAUCUGUUCAAGGUCUACAAAUGGUAUAUGACAUCCAAACACUACCAUUGCUGUUUUCUUUCCUGUAUAGUAGUUAACUUUCAUUGCUAUCGUAAAAGCACACAUUGCGUGUUACUCUAUCCUGUUGUAAUUAUGUUGCCUUCAGUUUAAUGCUUCUUAUCAAGUAUUGUAAGGAACUUGUAACUUCUGCUUGUACAAUAAAAUGCUUCUUGGCUUAAAAUUCGAA